AGAAAUAUGGCGUCGAAAUUCUGUAUGAUUGAGUGAAAGCAAAUUCGCAGUUCGUUGGGAGUUUAUUCAAACCCGAAAAUUCGUAAACUUCARACAAAAACACUUAAAUAAUAUUGCAGAGACGGCAACACAGGUCACGCCAACAUACAGUUACACGUUGCUAAAGAUUCAACAUCACAGUGAACAUGGAAGAAGAGGAUCUUGAUGGAGACUGGUUUGGCUACAAACGAAAGUCKUCAGGAGAAAUUGUGUUCUAUUUCAAUAAAAAAACUGGAGAACAUAGGUUACCAAGCUAUUCUAUCACCUCAUCUGGCUCCUCUAAUGAGAUAACAAUUAGUGUCGACCAAAUUGAGCCUGUCGAGGUGCACAAUAUUGGAUGCCAAACUGAUAAUGUUGACRGCCAAUAUGCUUCAAUAUACAUUGAGCCAUUGAAAGCAAAUGAAGARAUUAAUUUGGAUACUUCAAAAGAGGUUGUCGAUUCCUCUGCAUCAWCCAUGAUAAAUGCUGCAUCCACUCUAGAAAAYGGUGAAGGUYUGAAUAAAAAAARCAUCCCUUCACCUAACCAUCCACUUGUUGAGUUACAAAGUUCUGAAGAUAAAAAUUUUGAAGGAGAAAUGUUCACAUACGAUAAUGAUUGCCUGGAAGACCUUGACCAGCAACAGGCCAAUGUAAAUCAAGAAACUGCAGUUAUCUGUGAAUUAUGUAGUCUGGUGCUAGAGUCAACUCAUAAUUAUGAAGAACAUCUUGUUACUCAUUGUAGUCCAGACUUAAAGAGUUGUCCUGUGUGURAAAAAACCUUCAAACUUAGAAGACAACUUCUUAUGCACAUACGAACUCAUUCUGGGUACAAGCCUUUCAAAUGUGGCAAGUGUAAGAAAACCUUUACAAAACAGCAACUUCUGGAAAGACACAAAAAUAGUCACAAGGUUGUAAAACCUUUUAAAUGUGAAGCAUGUGAUAAGACAUUUGGAGCCAAAAUGAACUUAAGAAUUCAUGAACGCAUUCAUUCAAGUGAUAAACCUUAUAAAUGUACACAAUGCAAGAAGUCAUUUUCACAACUUCAUCAUCUCAAGCGCCAUGCKUUUGUACAUGGUGGGAACAAACCAAAGCCUUUUAAAUGCAYRAUCUGUAGUAAAGCAUUUGCUGAACCACAUCACCUCAGAGAUCAUGCUCGUAUCCACUCAGAAUGCAAACCAUACAAGUGUGARUUCUGUGAUAAAAGUUUUACCGUACGAUCUACACUAAAGAAUCAUGAGCGGGUGCAUACUGGCGCAACACCUUACAAAUGUAACCUUUGUGAUAAAGCAUUUAAACAGUAUGGCAGUCUAUCAAAACAUAAAAAUGUACAUAAAUUAAGUUGACAUUCUAGGUACUAUAAUAUUUAUCUAUAUUAAUCUGUAUUUAUCUAUUAUUAUCUGUAUUACAUGUUUGUGGUAAGUUCUCUGAUUAGUAGAUUGGUCAUUGUACACGUUGUAGAACAGAAAGCGAAUUUUCUCACGACAAUAAAUAUGAGAAAAAAAAAGUUAA